CCACCGCCUCUGAAAUGAAGACCAUAACAUCCCCGAACUGAGAGCUACGGAGCAGACAGGCAAAAAAUCACCAGCUGAAACCGGACGAACAUCUUUAAAAUGGGCAACUGUCAACCAACAAUCGUGCCCUAUGAGGAUUUCGAUGUCGUUGCUGACAUCAAGGCCAUCCGCAAAGCCUGCAAAGGGUUUGGAACUGAUGAGCAGGCCAUCAUUGACAUCUUGGCAGACCGCAGUGCAGAUCAGCGUCAGGAAAUCAAAAACGCAUAUUUUGAAAAGUAUGAUGAUGAGUUGGUGGAUGUGUUGAAGAAGGAGCUGGCAGGGAGCUUUGAGAACGCCAUCCUCGCCAUGUUGGACCUGCCCAUAGUCUUCGCUGUGAAGGAGCUGAGGAAGGCCAUGAAGGGGGCGGGCACUGAUGAAGACACCCUGGUGGAGAUCCUCUGCACGGCCACCAACGCUGACAUCGCCAUGUUCAAGGAAUACUACUUUCAAGUGCAUGAGCGUGAUCUUGAAGCAGAUAUCGAAGGGGAGACUAGCGGGGACGUAAGAAACCUGCUCACAGCUCUGAUGCAGGGCGACAGAGACGAGAGUUACGAGGUGGAUGAGGAGCUGGCCGAGUCAGAUGCUACCUGCCUGUUUGAGGCUGGUGAGGGCUCCUUUGGGACAGAUGAGUCCACUUUCAGCUACGUCCUGGCCUCCAGAAAUUACCUGCAGCUCCAGGCCACCUUCAAGAUAUAUGAGCAGCUUUGUGGAACUGAAAUCCUGGAUGUCAUUGAGAAUGAGACUUCCGGGACACUUAAGAAAUGCUACAAAGCUCUUGUAAGAGUUGCUAAGAACCCUCAGCUCUACUUUGCCAGACGUUUGAACGCUGCGAUGAAAGGAGCGGGCACUGACGAGGACACCCUUAUUCGCAUCAUCGUGGUUCGCUCUGAGUAUGACUUGGAGACCAUCAAAGAAAUGUACCUGGAGAAGUACGAUGUGUCUCUGAAGAACGCCAUAAAGGACGAGUGCGGCGGUGAUUUUAAACGUCUCCUCGUGGCCAUCUGCCACUAAAAGUCUGAGAGUUAGGCAGGGUGGAUGUGGAAAACAGUCAGAGACAACUGUUUAUACUGAGGGCGCAUCUGUUUUCUGUCUAACUACUGUAACUAACUCAGUCUGUCCAUGUGACAUUACAGUAUGUAGGGAGCAGGAGGGUGAAAGUGAUAGAAUAAUCAGCUAAUGUGUUGUCUAAAAUCUGAGUUACGGUGAAUUUGUGUGGCUCUCUUUUAAACUUUUUCAACAAUCAUU